AUUCCGCGCGAAAACACGGCCUGCGCGCCCGAACUGCACAUAGCAUCCACGUUAGGAAGCGUCCACAGACUGGCGGGUCACUGUGGAGCCGUGCUGUGGUUAAUGACAGCGGGCUCAACUAGGUGUUUUAACAGUUAAAGCAGUUUUAUCGUGUUUGUCUUUCGAAUAGCUUUUUACGAUGCCAUCCAAAACGUCCUUGUCUUUGCCCGACGACGUGAGAAAGAGGUUGCAGAUGCUGGAUGAAGAUGGUUCUCCAGAAGAGGAUCAGGUGAAAGAGAAGCUACGGUUGGUGCAGGACUUCCUGCAUGAUGACGCUCAGGACCAGCUGACCAACCUGGAGGAGAAAAUGAAGAAUUCAGAAAUCUCAAAGGAGGUUUACAUCUCUAAAGUUAAGGUCUUGCUGGGCAAAGAGCUUCGUCUUGAAAAUGGCUCGCAUGAGGACGGCGUGGAGCAGAAUGGCAAGUCGAAUGGGUUUGUUAAUGGCUCCCAUAAAGAUAAAGAGGACGAAGAUGUAAAUAUGGCGACAGAACAGGAAGAAACAGAAACCAAGUCACCACCUGCUCUCAAAGGGAAAGGUGGACGCAGGAGCAAGGCAAACUCUGAAACUAAAAAAUCACCGACCAGUACCAGAGUCACCAGAAACAGUGGCAAACAGCCAACCAUCUUGUCAAUGUUCUCUAAAGUUCAGAAACGCAAAUCUGAGGACUUGAACGGAGAAGCUAUCAAUGGAAUAAAUGAAGCGCAGAAAGAAGACGACACUGAAGAGACUCAGGAGGAGAAACGCCUCAGGGUGGAUUCUGAUGAAAAACUUGCUCCAGAGGAGUCGAAAUCCAAGAUUACUAAACCAGGACCUGCUGCAAAGACGCCACCUCCUAAAUGCCCUGACUGUAGGCAGUAUCUGGAUGAUCCAGAUCUGAAGAUGUUUCAAGGGGAUCCUGAUAACGCGCUUGAAGAGCCAGAGAUGUUAACGCAUGAAAGUUUGUCGCUGUUUGAGGCUAAUGAGGAUGGAUUUGAGAGCUACGACCAUCUGCCACAGCACCGGAUCACAAACUUCAGUGUGUACGACAAGCAUGGCCAUCUUUGCCCAUUUGACUCUGGGCUGAUUGAGAAGAACGUGGAGCUUUACUUCAGCUGCUAUGUGAAACCAAUCUAUGACGACAGCCCGGGCUUAACCAGCGGUGUUUUUGCCAGAAAGCUUGGACCCAUCAACGCCUGGUGGAUAACUGGUUUCGAUGGAGGAGAAAAGGCUUUAAUUGGAUUCACAACAUCUUUUGCCGAUUACAUCCUGAUGGAGCCCAGUGAGGAGUACGCUCCCAUUUUCGCACUGAUGCAGGAGAAAAUCUACAUGAGCAAGAUUGUGGUGGAAUUCCUCCAGAAGAACCCAGACGCCACUUACGAAGAUCUUCUCAACAAGAUUGAGACCACCGUCCCUCCAGCAGGACUGAACUUCAACUGCUUCACUGAAGACACCUUGUUGCGCCACGCCCAGUUUGUGGUGGAGCAAGUGGAGAGUUACGAUGAGGCCGGCGACUCAGAUGAGCAGCCAAUCAUUGUUACUCCCUGCAUGAGAGAUCUGAUCAAACUGGCAGGAGUCACCCUGGGAAAGAGCAUGCAGCUGUACUGGAGAGCAGCCAGAAGACAGACCAUCCGCCACCCAACUAAGAUAGAGAAGGACAGCAAGGGACCAACCAAGGCCACCACAACCAAGAUGGUCUACCAGAUUUUCGAUGCCUUCUUCGCUGAUCAGAUAGAGCAGAAUGAUAAGGAGGGAGGAGUCAAACGGCAGCGCUGUGGAGUCUGCGAAGUGUGCCAGUCUCCUGACUGUGGCAAGUGCACAGCCUGUAAGGAUAUGAUCAAAUUUGGAGGAAGUGGCAAAAGCAAGCAAGCUUGUAAGCAGAGAAGAUGUCCAAACCUUGCUGUGAAGGAGGCUGAGGAUGAUGAGAAUAUUGAGGAGGAAGAUGUUCCAGCAGAGAAGACCAAAAAGGUUCUUCAAACCAAGAAAAAGAGACAGACCCAGUCCAAACUUGCAUGGGUUGGUGAGCCUGUUGAGACCGCAGGGAAGAGGCAGUACUACAAGAAGGUCUCCUUGAACGAUGAAGUGCUGGAAGUGGGAGACUGCGUCUCAGUUUCAUCAGAAGAUCCGUCCACUCCUCUGUAUCUGGCAAGGAUCACUUCACUGUGGGAGGACAAUAAUGGGAAGAUGUUUCAUGCCCACUGGUUCCUCCGUGGGAUCCACACAGUCCUCGGAGAGUCCUCUGAUCCACUGGAGCUGGUUAUCGUCGAUGAAUGUGAAGACAUGCUGCUCAAUUAUGUACAGGGAAAAGUGAACGUCAUGUACAAAGCUCCAUCAAACAACUGGUUCAUGGAGGGUGGGGUGGAUGUUGACCUGAAGGUGAUUGAUGACGAUGGGAAGAGUUUCUUCUAUCAGUUCUGGUAUGACACAGAGUUUGCUCGGUUUGAGACUCCUCCUAAGACUGAACAAUCGGUAGACUGCAAGCUCAGAUUCUGUGGCAGCUGCGCCCGUACUAAAGAGCGAGAUGAGCAGGAAGUACCUCGAGCGUUUGAACCCCUGGAGAACGAGGACAGUGACAGCAAGGCUCUUUAUGCGUUGGCCUGCUUCAAGGGAGAACAAUUCAGGGUUGGAGACAGCGUCUACAUGCCUCCUGAAGCCUUCAGUUUUAGUGUGAAACCAGCCAGUCCGGUGAAGCGCUCCCACAGAAAAGAGGAUGUGGAUGAAGAUUUGUAUCCGGAGUACUACAGAAAGUCUUCAGACUACAUUAAGGGGUCAAACCUGGAUGCCCCAGAGCCUUUCCGUGUUGGCCGCAUCAAAGAGAUUUUCUGUCAUCGCCGCAGCAAUGGAAAAUCAGACACCUCAGAGGUCAAGCUGAGACUCUACAAGUUCUACAGGCCGGAGAACACACACAGAGGCGUCAAAGCCAGUUACCAUACAGACAUCAAUCAGCUCUACUGGAGUGAUGAGGAAGUGACGGUUAGCAUGUCUGAGGUACUUGGACGCUGUCAAGUAGAGUACGCAGAAGACCUGAAUGAAUCUGUCCAAGAUUACUCCAGCGGUGGACCGGACCGCUUCUAUUUCCUGGAGGCUUACAACGCUAAAUCAAAGAGUUUUGAAGACCCUCCUAACCAUGCCCGCUCUUGUGUUCACAAAGGGAAGGGGAAGGGCAAAGGAAAAGGUAAAGGCAAAGGAAAAGCAUCACAAGAACCACAAGAGUCUCGCACGGAACCACAGGCACUUAAAGUACCAAAAUAUCGCACCCUUGAUGUUUUCUCCGGCUGUGGUGGACUUUCUGAAGGCUUCCACCAGGCUGGUAUCUCCGAGACCCUCUGGGCUAUUGAAAUGUGGGAGCCUGCUGCACAGGCGUUCAGACUCAACAAUCCUGGCACCACAGUUUUCACAGAGGACUGUAAUGUCCUUCUUAAGCUGGUCAUGUCUGGAGAAAAGACCAACUCCCUUGGCCAAAAGCUGCCUCAGAAGGGAGAUGUAGAAAUGUUGUGCGGCGGACCUCCUUGCCAAGGUUUCAGUGGAAUGAACCGCUUCAAUUCUCGCACUUAUUCUAAGUUCAAAAACUCACUCGUGGUGUCCUAUCUGAGUUACUGCGACUACUACCGGCCGAAGUUCUUCCUGCUGGAAAACGUGAGGAACUUUGUAUCCUUCAAGAACUCCAUGGUCCUGAAGCUGACUCUGCGCUGCCUAGUGCGGAUGGGCUACCAGUGCACCUUUGGAGUCCUUCAAGCCGGUCAGUAUGGCGUUGCUCAGACCCGCCGCAGGGCAAUCAUCCUGGCUGCUGCUCCAGGAGAGAAGCUUCCUCGCUACCCUGAGCCUCUCCACGUGUUUGCUCCCAGAGCGUGCUCGCUUACCGUGGCGGUCGAUGAGAAGAAAUACGUCAGCAACGUGACGCGAGGGAACGGUGGCAUCUACAGGACCAUCACAGUCCGGGACACCAUGUCUGACCUGCCCGAGAUUCGCAAUGGUGCUGCUUCUUUGGAGAUUUCCUACAACGGAGAACCUCAGUCCUGGUUCCAGAGGCAGAUCAGAGGCUCGCAGUACCAGCCCAUUCUCAGAGACCAUAUUUGCAAGGACAUGAGUGCUCUGGUUGAGGCCAGGAUGCGUCACAUCCCUCUGGCUCCGGGCUCCGACUGGAGAGAUCUGCCCAACAUUGAAGUUCGGUUAAAAGACGGCACCACGACGAAGAAGCUACGUUACACGCAUCACGAUAAGAAGAACGGACGCAGCAGCACCGGUGCUCUCAGAGGAGUCUGCACCUGUGCAGGAGGGAAAACCUGCGAUUCUGCUGACAGGCAGUUCAACACGCUGAUCCCCUGGUGUCUGCCCCAUACUGGGAACCGCCACAAUCACUGGGCCGGGCUGUACGGCAGACUGGAGUGGGACGGUUUCUUCAGCACAACCGUUACCAACCCUGAACCCAUGGGGAAGCAGGGCCGUGUUCUGCAUGCAGAGCAGCACAGAGUUGUCAGUGUGAGGGAGUGCGCUCGCUCUCAGGGCUUCCCCGACACCUACCGCUUUUUUGGAAACAUCUUGGACAAACACAGACAGGUUGGAAAUGCUGUACCUCCUCCGCUCUCCAGAGCCAUCGGCCUGGAGAUUAAGAAAUGCGUCUCAGACAGGAUGAAGGAGGAACAAGCUACAGCAGACAUCAAACAAGAGAAGAUGGAGGUCUCUGAUUAACUUCUAUAUUUCCAUGUUUUAAAGGUUUUAAUGCUGAUGUUGGAAUACUUUUUAAGUAAUCUUGACUUCACUGUCACCAAGUGGCCACUAUGUACUAUGUAGUAAUCAUUCCAUAUUGAAUCUUAAUUGUUUUUAUUCAUGUUGUCAAAUGUUCAAUGUGGAAUAAAUUGUAUGUAGAUUUUAUAUGUAAUAUUUCAAAUAAAGUCCUUCUGAAAUUGUA